UUACACAAUCUGCAUCUGUCCAAAGCGCUUUGGUGUGCGUGUGUGUAGACGCAGUGGCGAAACACGGUGCAGCCCCAACCCCGUUUCUCUCUUUUUAAGCAGCAUUUUGGCAAAUUUUUGGGGUGAACAAAGGUGGCACUGCAGAAACACGGAGAAAAAGAGGGGAAGGUGAGGCCAUCCCAGAAGGCAAGGCGCGUGUGAGAGGCUCGAGUUUCAUGAAUCACGGAAGUGUUAUGAUUGAAGCCGAGAGUUCACCGAUCAGUCACACAGAUUGACAGCACGCUCAUUUCAUCCCGGGUUCAAAUGAGCGCUGGCACGUAAAAAGGUGACUUAUUAUGUGAUAAAAAGUCAUUCUACCCUGUAAAAUUAGGAUCUGUCCAGUAGAGGUACUGGAACAUGUCCAAAUGAGGCCCCAAAUGUCCCACUGGUAGAUCCAGUAGUAGAGCAAUACUUUCAUGAAGGCAACGAGUCCUGAACCGCUGUGAUCAUGCGCAUUUGUUGUCACGCUGUCUAUCCAGCACCUUUGGCAGCUCACCACUUUGAAUCAGCACAUCUUUGCUCAGUGGGUUCAGUGACGCGCUCUGCUCAGAUCACCAGACACCUUUGAGGAUUUUGGCUGCGACUUUAACCUAGAAGAUGGACGAUUUGGAAACUUCAGACCGAUUUUUCCACAAGUCCCCAUUCAGCAUCAGCAGCCUGUUGUGGAGACGAGAGGGAGUGAUGGGUGACCGGGAGUCUCCGUCUCCGUCCCACAAACUGCGCUCCGCGCAUCCGGACAAAUCCAGUCAGGAGGAAAACUUCGAUAAUAAACAGAAGAGUGAAGACCUAAAGCGGAGCCCUAAUGCAGAGACUAAAGCGGUGACAGCACAUGGAAAACGAGAGGGGGAUAAGGAGGAACUGAAGAAAAGCGGGGCAGCAGAAGAAAACGAUAAACCUGAGAAACCUCCUUUUAGUUAUAACGCGCUCAUCAUGAUGGCGAUCCGCCAGAGCCCGGAGCGACGGCUCACACUCAAUGGCAUCUAUGAGUUUAUCAUGGACAACUUUCCAUACUACCGACAGAACAGGCAAGGCUGGCAAAAUUCAAUCAGACACAACCUAAGUCUGAAUAAGUGUUUCGUUAAAGUGCCGCGCCACUAUGAUGACCCGGGAAAAGGCAACUACUGGAUGCUGGACCCCUGCAGCGAGGACGUCUUCAUAGGUGGCGCAUCAGGGAAACUCCGGCGCAGAGCCGCAGCUGGCUCUAGGGGUAAGCUUGCACUAAAAAGGGGAGGAGGUCGUCUGAUGUCCUCCAGCACUGCAACCAGCGUGACACUGGCCGCAGCUGGUCCUUUUUACUGGCCGGUGACGCCGUUUCUGCCUCUCCAAACACCAGUGCGCACCCACCUCGGUGCAGGGACUUAUCUCAGUGCUCACCCCCGCUUGCCCAACCACGCCACAUCGCUUGUUUCGCAGCGGUCCCGGUUGAAUGCAACAAGUGCUACAGACGCCAGCCGGUUCGUGCAGACGCACCGGGAGAUGUCUUACAUUGGAGUCAGUUGCGCGCAGUCCCGUCGCCACCAAAUUGGCACUGCCUGCACCGCUUUCUCCACAUCCAUCCCUGCAUGCCCUCUGCCACUGUCGGAUCCGUGCUCUUUUAACAUGAUCUCCGGACAAGCCAGCUACUUUUACUCUCACCAGAUACCAUGUGGCGCAGCGUUUAGUCCGUGCCAAGAGGAGUGCGCCACGUCCAAGACUUCUCCGGGACAAUUCUUUUCCAAGAACGGUCACUCAGACCUCGGGGGAUGCUGUAAUAACUUUCCAAAUUACUGUCCUCAAACCAACUCAAGCCCCCAUUCGUCUUGGAAUAUAGAAAAAUAGUAAUAACGCCCAAUCUAUCUAAGAUUGAAAAUAUUGCUGUAGGAUUUAGAUGAACAAAAUUUGCAGACUAAAAUGCCAAAACAUUCUACUUAAAAUACGAGACUACCUGCAAAUUUGAAUGUCUUGAAUUUAUGAAAAAGUUAACCAAAACAAAUCCUGCAAUACCACCCUAAUAGUUUCUUUGUGCUACAGGGAAAGAUACGAUGAAAAGGGAAGGCCUGUAUGAGUGCGUUGUGUCUGUUAAAUUAACAAAUAUCAGCUGACGCAUGAACAACACGUGUAAGGCUCUGACUGCCAUUUAAACAAAGGCUUCGUCUGACACAUUUCCCAGAUUUUCCCAUUUUAAAACACAUGUAACCAGAAAUUAUCUUCUCUUAAAAUGUAAUUAAAUGUCGCUUAGAUAUCCGUUCAACUGUAUUCUUGUUUUAGAAACAGUGUUCUCCACUUGAACACGGAUAGAUAAGAUAAGACUUUAUUGAUCCCCGAAGGGAAAUUAAGUUGUUACAGCAGCAGAACAAAUAACAACAUUUUCCUUAUGUGUAUGUACUUCUCAGUAUUGAAACUGAUAUCUUUGCGCGCAUGUUUGUUUUAGGCCUAAUGCAAUAUUCUGAAAUGAUCCUUCUGCAAAAUACCUAAAAAAAUAAAUGCCUUUUAAAUGAAACAAAAUAAAAACGGGGUCACCACUCU